GUUUCUCUAUUUUAUAUGCAUUAUAAAUAUACCAGCUGGUUCAUUCAGAUUAGUAUCAACUCUGCCUCUUUGAGUUGCAUUUUCAGACCAAAGUAAAUCAGCAACAAAGUUAGGAGAGCCGGAGAGAGUUGGAUAUGGCAUUGGCAUUCAUCGCGAAGUUUGCGAUUUUCAUGUGGUUCUUCCCUGUGUUGAUCUACUGCAAGAUUCAGCAUUACAAGUUUGAUGUGGAGAUCAAGAAUGCAACGAGGCUAUGUUCGAGUAAGCCAAUCGUGACAAUAAACGGGCUCUUCCCGGGUCCAACUAUAUAUGCCAGGGAAGAUGACACAGUGCUCAUUAAAGUUGUCAACCAUGUCACUUACAACAUGAGCAUCCACUGGCAUGGCAUUCGACAGUUAAGGACAGGAUGGGCGGACGGGCCAGCAUACAUAACGCAAUGUCCAAUUCAACCAGGCCAGAGCUAUGUGUACAAUUUCACCAUCACAGGGCAAAGAGGCACACUUUUCUGGCAUGCACAUAUUCUUUGGCUCAGGGCCACUGUUCAUGGAGCUCUUAUAGUGUUGCCGAAAGCUGGCGUGCCUUACCCCUUCCCAGCACCAUAUCAAGAACAUGUCGUUUUAUUAGGGGAGUGGUGGAAAUCAGAUGUUGAAGCUGUGAUUGAUGAAGCGAUGAAAUCAGGAUUUGCACCUAAUGUCUCUGAUGCACAUACUAUUAACGGUCUAUCAGGACCUGUCCCGAACUGCAUGUCACAAGAAGGGUUCACUCUGGAGGUGGAUCACGGAAAGACCUACAUGCUGAGAAUCAUAAAUGCAGCACUCAACGAAGAGCUCUUUUUCAAGAUUGCUAAUCAUAAGUUAACUGUAGUUGAAGUCGAUGCCACGUACGUUAAACCAUUUCAAACAAACACAGUUGUCAUAGCACCAGGGCAAACCACAAAUGUUCUGGUGAAUACCAGCCAUUUAAGUGGAAAAUAUAUGGUUUCUGUUUCUCCAUAUCUGGACACUCCAAUUGCAGUGGACAAUGUGACUGCCUCAGCCACCUUACAUUACUCCGGCACUCCCUCUACUGUGGCCACCACGCUCACUGCCCCGCCCCCAAGAAACGCGACCUUAACUGCUUCAAAAUUUAUCAACUCUCUCAGAAGCCUAAAUUCCCAAGCAUUCCCUUCUAAUGUACCAUUACAGAUUGACCACUCACUUAUGUUCACCGUUGGCCUUGGACUAAACCGCUGUCCAGAUUGUGUUACUGGCCGUAGAGUGGUGGCUUAUUUCAAUAAUGUGACAUUCGUUAUGCCCAAAAUUGAUCUUUUAGAGGCACAUUACUACAAUAUAAGCGGAGUUUUUACUGAUGAUUUCCCUGAGAAGCCACCGAUGCCUUAUGAUUACACCGGAACACAGCCUGAGAAUUUUGCUACAACAGAAGGGACCAGACUUUACAGGCUAGCUUAUAAUUCCACUGUACAAUUAGUUUUGCAAGAUACUGGUAUGAUUGUUCCUGAAGAUCAUCCUAUUCACUUGCACGGGUUCAACUUUUUCGCUGUGGGAAGAGGGAUUGGAAAUUUUGAUCCGGAAAAAGAUCCAAAGAAGUUCAAUCUAGUUGAUCCUGUUGAACGGAACACUAUUGGAGUCCCUUCUGGUGGAUGGAGCGCUAUACGAUUCAGAGCAGACAAUCCAGGUGUUUGGUUUAUGCAUUGUCACUUAGAAGUACACACAACAUGGGGACUAAAGAUGGCAUUUGUAGUAGACAACGGGAAAGGCCCCGACGAGUCCCUGAUCCCGCCUCCUGCUGAUCUUCCCUUGUGUUAAAUGAGAAUGUUGCAGGCUAUGAGAAUUUGUAAAAAGGGGUAAAUCCAACUGCUCGAGUUCUUUUGAGCAAGGGAAAUGAGAUUUCUCAGAAAAACUCAUAUCGCGUUUUCAAUAUGGAAAUCUUGAUGAAUACUUGAUCAUGAUUGUCUGUAAUUGCUGAAUUUUUUCCUACAUUCUAUUUGUUUUGAUUAUAUUUUGUUCUGGCUGUACUGCUUUGCCCUGAUAUGUAUAUAUAUAUGGAUAUGAUUGAGGUCU